AUGCAAAAACAUCCCUCUGGUCCUCAUGUUUUCUCUUCGGAUCCUUCUCAGAUCCCCAAUCCUCCAUCGGCCCUCUCGACCUCUCCAGCCGGCGAGCGACGCUGUCGGCGGUCCAGGCCAGAUCCGGUGUUGGCUCCCCUCCACAGCUUCUUCUCCCUGCCUCCUGUCUUCCACUCCGGCUUCAAGGUCGCGUGGAUCCGCCUCCCGGCCAGGCCCAACGUCGCGCGGCGCAUCAUCGCAGGGAUUCGUCGGCCGUCGCUAGUCGUCCUUGCCGAUGGCCGCUGGCGCCUCGGGCACAGCUGCCUAGGUCACCAUCUGGCCUCCACCAUGCCGGACUCCGACGGGUUCGCGACAGAUCCGAAGACCCGCGGCACAGAGUUGUUAGAGAAUACGCAGCCCCGACGGCUACACGCGCCAGCUCUUCUUCCUGACUCCAUCCCCUCACUGGCUCAGUAUCAAGGAGAUUGAGAAGUCAGACAUCUGGAUUUUGGUGUAGAACACAUGUUAUGCUCUGGGUAUGAUGAGUAGUUUAGAGCUCAUUGACUAGUACUAAGCUCUGCCCCUGCCGUUGCUCUUGGGUCAUUUUGAAGAAUUAUUUACAGCUUCUAGAGAAUCUUAGUUGUUGCUGUCUCACCUGGUUCUAAGCAAAUAAAAACAGUAUUUGUUUUGUGUGAUCUUUCCCAGGCAUAUGAAGUUCCAAGGGCAAGAAACAGUAUAACUGGAGGCAAGAGAAGAACUUUCUGUCAUAUACCAUCAGGAUAGCAAAGCUGAUACAAUUUUUUAAAGCAAUGAUUGUUCAGUGUGAUCCUUAAGUCCUUCACACUCAUUCUUACCGGCCAUGCACUAGAAAUGAUCAUGUCAUCUUAUGUAUCACUUCAUAUGUAUGUAUGUCUCUCGUGGAUGCGCCAGAUUGACAAAUAUGUGUGCCCGGGAAGGGUCUAGUUUGACGUGUACUCGAAUAUUUGUGCAACUGAUGGUCUAGCUUGACAUGUACUUAAAUAAUUCCAAUAUUUGUGCCUGGAAUUGUCCAGUCUAA